AAAUUAAAACAUUAGAGAAAGAUAAAGAAAGAUAUAUACUAGAAGCAAAAACUUGGAAAGAAUUAUAUGAAAAAGCUAAAGAAGAAAAAGAAUGGUAUGAAGCUUUAUAUAAUGCUUGUGUUACUAAUCAUGGAGAUUACAAUCAUAUUAAAAAAGAAUUAGAAAAAAUUACUAAAGAGCGUGAUGAUUAUAAAAGAGAUUUAAAGAAAAGUUAA